AUGCUGCCACAUGAUGACCGAAGUCAGAAGCUGUUGGAGCGUGAGUUGUGUAGUUACGAGUGGCUGGCUGCAGUUGCGACAAGUCUAGAGCUGGUAGACGCCAACGUUUUGGAUGCUCACAUUGCGAGGCUUAGCGAACUGUUGACACCUUUUACGCGGGAAAAGUUUGACAAGUACGGUUUAGCUUUUGCUUGUCUCAACGAGUUGUAUGAUUUGAAAGCACGUCACACGACAUUCGUUGCCGAUUAUUACGAUUCCAUUUCUAUGGAAGACUGCGCGACAGAAACAAGUGAUGUGACGACCAGUAGCAGUGGUGACCCCGCACCUGAGGUUGACUUGACUCUCUACCUACAUCGCUUUGGCAUCAGAGAGAUGAGGGGCAAGCAGCCUCUGGUUGUGGCUGCUCUAUUAGCCAAAAAGGACUGUCUCGCCGUCUUGCCCACCGGUGAGGGCAAGUCGCUGUGCUUUCAAUUGCCAGCGCUCGUCAACGCUGGCGUUACAAUUGUAAUUUGUCCCCUGGUGGCUCUAAUGAUUGAUCAAGUGAAGAAUUUGAAGAAACGAGGGAUUGAUGCGGAAUACUUGAACGGCACACUGGGAGAGUGCGACGCGAUUUUUGCCAAUCUCGGCAAACACAGGCCUGAUGUAAAGCUGCUGUAUGUCACCCCGGAACGGCUUGUCAAUGCGUUGGAGGACAACACUGGCUUCAAUAGGUUUAGAAACAUGUUGCUGUCCCUGUACAAGCGAAAUUUACUGGUACGGUUCGUGGUGGACGAAGCUCACUGCGUUCCUCAAUGGGGACACGAAUUUCGAGCCCAUUACCUCAAGUUGUACCUUUUGAGGACGCUAUUUCCUGCAGUUUGCAUCGUUGCCUUGACUGCCACCGCGACUCUGGCUACAAGAGAGGAGAUCAAGUCUCUACUCCAUCUACGUGAUCCGUGCGAAGUUAUUGCUUCUUGUAGGCGCGACAACUUGGUGUUUACAGUCGUCAGCAAAACUACCAAGAUUGGUGCAAUUGAAGAUAUCGGCAGACGUUUGAAAACCGAUUUUUCCUCGCAGUCUGGUAUCGUUUACUGUUUUUCCAAGACCGACUGUGAGUGGCUCGCAAUGGAACUUUGUAAACUGGGGAUCCCUGCCGAGCACUAUCAUUCGGACGUGACGUAUGGAGACAGAGUUGGAGCCUACUCCAACUGGAUGACUGGGAAAACUUUGGUUAUGUGCGCUACUUUAUCUUUUGGUAUGGGCAUCGACAAACCAGACGUUCGAUUCGUGAUGCAUCUAACGAUGCCAAAAUCAAUGGAGGGGUACUACCAAGAGUGCGGCAGGGCUGGACGGGACGGCCACAUUGCCCAUUGCAUCUUGUAUUACCGUUACUACGAUAGCCAUCACAUUCGAGUCAUGGUUGAAAAAGGCGAACGUAAUGCUUUUGGAACAUUUCCGGAAACCGAGACGUUGCAAGAAGUCAUGAUGUAUUGCGAAAAUACGACGUCUUGCCGUAUGUCUUUAAUCUUGCAGUACUUUGGGGAGAGUUGCGUUGAAAACGUUUGCCUGCGGAGUGCCUUGUGCGACAAUUGCCGCCGAAGCCAAUGCGUGCUUUACGCUGACGUUACCGCUAUUUGUCGAGCGGUUGUUGACUUGAUAGGCAAACCCAUCUUGGAUUGGAAAGGCGUCAGCAUUACUUUGCUCGUUGACGUGUUGAGAGGUAGCAAAGGCAAAGCAACCAAGGAUAGCGGAUUGUAUUCCUGUCAUUCUUAUGGUUUGCUUGCGCAAUGGUCGGAUUCCGAAGUCAGUUCUCUUGUGCGAUUCAUGAUUCUACGCAAUUAUUUGAGUGAUGCACUUGUGUUGGGGAGUCUAGGUAAAGUCAACGGCUAUUUGCAACCGGGUUGGAAAGCAGUCGACGCCAAGAUCGUGUUUCCUAGAUCCCGUGUCAAUGUUGCCGGUGCGUCGUUUGCCCCACCGGGCAAUGCAGCCAAUUGCGAACCGAUGGACAUUGAUAGCGAAUGUUCCGAUGAUGACUUUGUAAGCGCCAGUUACAGUGCCUCACGUAUCCCCAAGAAACGAAAAUUGCACCACUAGUGGUUUUAUAUAAAUUUACGUUUAGUUUAUUUGUUUUAUCUUAGUU